AUGUCUUUCUUCAACUCAUUCAAAGGAUUUACGAGAAGCAGUAAAAAGACCAAAAACCAGAAUGUGGGAACAACAGCUAAUUCUGUGAACUCUGUGUAUCCGAACGCUCAUAACAACAGCUCUAAGCUUCUUUCAAGACAAGUGCACUCGCCAGUUCGUCAAGCCCCGUCAUCUCAUAACACUAAUAGUUUUCAACAGCAGCAGCAACAGCAACAGGUGCAUGCAAUACCUUCAGAAAGAGUCGAAACCCAGCAGUCUCUAUUCUUGAGUGAGCCGUUCGUGAGGACUGCUCUCGUUAAGGGCUCUUUUAAAACUAUUGUACAGCUGCCAAAGUACGUGGACCUGGGCGAGUGGGUCGCGCUGAAUGUUUUCGAGUUUUACACCAACCUGAAUCAAUUCUACGGUAUCAUCGCCGAGUAUGUUACACCGGACGUCUACCCUACCAUGAACGCGGGCCCUCACACUGACUACAUGUGGCUGGAUGCGAACAGUAGACAGGUUUCCUUACCUGCAGGACAAUACAUUGAUCUGGCACUAACAUGGAUCAGCAACAAGGUGUCUGACCAAACUCUUUUUCCAACGCAAAACGGAUAUCCAUUUCCCCAGAAUUUUGUUCAAGACAUGCAAAGAAUAAUGGUGCAAAUGUUCAGGAUAUUCGCCCACAUGUAUCACCAUCAUUUCGACAAAAUUAUACACUUGUCACUCGAGGCUCAUUGGAACUCUCUUUUUGCUCAUUUCAUAAGCUUUGCGAAAGAAUACAAUCUUGUGGAUAGAAAGGAGAUGUACCCAUUAGGACCUUUGAUCGAAAAUUUGGAAAGACAAGGCAAGAUUAUUUAG